AUGCCAUUUACGGCUCCCAGGAUAGGAGCUGAGGCCUCACUCAGGUCUGGGCUCUGUUUGCGGGUUGAAAGUCAUGCUGCCCAGCCAACAUUAAUUCUGACACUCUUUACUAGUAUGCUGGUGACUUGGCUUGAGGCUGCUAACCUCGCUGUGGGCUUCCAGGUUCCCUGGAACAUCUCCCAUCCAUUCAGUGUGCAAAGGCUGGGUGUGGGCCUCCAGAUUGCCACGGACAAGAUCAACUCAGAGACAGUGGACCUCGGAAGCUUCAGCUGGGAAUUCACUUAUACCAACUCAACUUGCAGCAUCAAGGAGUCUCUUGCUAUUCUCACCAAUCAGGUCCAGAGACAACAGAUUUCUGCCCUGUUUGGACCAGCAUGUCCAGAAGCAGCAGAGAUUAUUGGCUUGCUGGCCUCAGAGGGGAAUAUCCCUGUGUUUGACUUCACUGGACAAAUGGCAAAACUGGAGGACAACUUCUUAUAUGACACCCAUGUGACCCUUGUGCCACCCAGGCACAAAAUUGGUGAUGUGCUCCAGAGAAGUCUCCAGUACCUGGGCUGGAAACACAUUGGGGUGUUUGGAGGUCACUCUGGGCCUUCCUCCUGGGAUGGAGUGGAUGAAUUGUGGAAGGUUGUAGAGAAUGGACUCAAAACCCAUUUCACUAUCACUGUCAGUGUGAAAUACACCAAAAGUGACCCAGCCUUCCUUCAAGAGAAUCUUAGAAGCGUGUCAUUGGCUGCCAGAAUUAUCAUCCUAAUCUGCAGCUCAGAGGAUGCAAAAAUUAUUCUGCUGGCUGCAGAGAACCUGGGACUCAGCACAGGAGAAUUUGUCUUCAUUAUUGUGCAGUGGUUGGAGGACAGCUUUUGGAAGGAGGUAUUGACAAAUCAGAAGGUGACACACUUCCCCACGGUCUAUGAGUCAGUGUUUCUCAUAGCCCUGGACUCCUAUGGAGAAGGCCCCGGACAUGCAGGCUUCUGGAAGCAAGUCUACCAAAGGCUGAGGGGGCCGCCCUUCUCCAGCACCAUCUCCACAGAGGAGCAGGUCUGGUGUGGGGCCUUCCUGCACAGACCCCUGUCCCCUUCUUGGAGGAUAUUUGUAUUCCCUGAAAUGGCAAAAACCUCACGGCUGGCUCCUGGUGGCUGCGAGGCGGAGGUUCUGCUGCUGGGAGCUGGAAUCACCGGCCCCAUGUUUGUAGACUCCCAGGGAGAAAGGCACAUGAAUUACUCAGUCUAUGCCCUACGGAAAUCCAGAAACAGGACCUUCUUUCUUCCUUUUCUUCAACAUGACAGCUAUCAGAAAGUAAUCAGACCCAUGAGGAAUUUCUCCAUGAUUCGUUGGCCCCAUGGCUCCCUUCCUGAAGACAGACCCAGCUGUGGAUUUUACAGUGAGCUCUGUGAACCCGCACCUGCUUCUACAGGUCAGGGAGGGUGCUCGGAGAAGGCGGCAGGAUGCUUAGCGGCGUCCUGGGCCCCCACCCACUACAAGCCAGCAGCAUCCUCUAGUUGCAGCCACCCACCCCCGAAAUCUCCAACAUCACCUGCCUCCCCUGCAGAGAACCUCAACUCCAGGGAAACCUGGCUCCUGGGAUGUGUGACUGCUGUGAUCCUCACAAUGACCCUCCUGAUUACUGUCCUGGGAGCUGUGAUCAUAGGUCUGAUUUUAAGGAUGCAGAGUGGAAAAUUGCAAAAGCAAAAUAAAGACAUUUGGUGGCAAAUCAAUUAUGAUGACAUCACCGUUCUGCCCCAGAACAAGCGAUCUCAGAGAGGGACACCUGUGUCGAGAGGGGACAAGAGUCAUUCUUCUGGUGUGAUGGUUUCUGGGGAUGCCAGUUCCUUUGUCAAGAGCCAGCAGGGGGAAGAGCUCUUUUAUGCCCCAGUAGGGCUUUACCAGGGAAACCAUGUGGCCAUCUGCCAUGUUGGUGACCAAGCUAAAGCCUGGGUCAGGAAACCAUCUGUGCUGCAGGAAAUCCGGCUGGUGAGGCCCCUGCCCUUGGACGAGAGAAAGCACGAAAACAUUGUCCCUUUCUUUGGUAUUUGCACAGAACCACCCAACAUCUGCAUUGUCACCCAGUAUUGCAAGAAAGGGAUUCUUAAGAAUGUUUCGAGAAACUCAGAUAAGGAGAUGGAUUGGAUAUUCAAGCUCUCAUUUGCAUAUGACAUAGUCAAUCUUUCCUUCGUCAGCCACGGGGCAUUUGUGCAGUGGGUCAAGGGCGAGGACGUGGGGAUAGGACUGCAGCCCUCCCAGUCCUGCCUCACCACAGGCCAGCGCUGUGACCUGGUGCAGGUGAAAUUCGUCAUUUCUCCCUUUUCUUCUUAUUUGCUUCCCUCACCACAUCGUUGCUUUGCAGAGUUCUACUGGACAGCCCCCGAGCUGUUGCGGCCAGAGGCGCCCUAGUCGGGCACCCCAAAGGGAGAUGUUUACAGCUUUGCCAUCCUGAUGACGGAGCUGAUCCACAACCAGGACCACAGGCCUUUUGAGGACCUCCACGAAGCACCAGAUGAAAUCAUCAGCCGAAUCAAAGACCCCACGGCAUCAGUUCCGUUUCAAUCUUCCCUGUCAGAGGAGAAGGGCAAUGAGGAGAUUGUGGUCAUGGUGAAGGCCUGUUGGGAUGAAUCUCCAGAGAAAAGUUCCCCUUUCUCGUCCAUCAAAAAAAUUUUACAAGAAGCCAGUUCCAAAGGCCGCGUGAACAUCCUAGACAGUAUGGUGAGCAAGCUGGAGGUGUAUGCCAAUCACCUGGAGGACGUGGUGGAAGAGAGGACCAACCAGCUGAUGGCAGAGAAGAGGAAGGUGGAUAGGCUUCUGUCCACAAUGCUGCCAAGCUUCAUUGGAGAACAGCUCAUAGCUGGAAGGUCCAUGGAACCGGAACAUUUUGAGUCCGUGACAAUCUUUUUCUCUGACAUUGUUGGAUUCACAAAACUGUGUUCUCUCAGCAACCCCUUACAAGUUGUGAAGCUCCUUAAUGACCUGUACAGUUUAUUUGAUCACAUCGUUAAGACAUAUGAUGUGUCUCAGGUGGAAGCCACUGGAGAUGCAUACAUGGUGGCUAGCGGACUUCCCAUCCGCAAUGGAAUCCAGCACGUGGACGAGAUUGCCACAAUGUCCUUGUACAUCCUCAGUGCCACUGUCUACUUCCAGAUGGGGCACAUGCCUGAGGAGAAGCUCAGGCUCAGGACUGGCAUCCACACGGGUCCUGUGGUGGCUGGUGUGGUUGGAAUCACCAUGCCCAGGUACUGUCUGUUGGGAGACACUGAACAUACUGUGUUUCAUCAACAGAAUUCAGGUAAGGGGAAGAUUUUUCUAGAAGGCACCAGCAUAGACCUAGCUUUGAAUUUUACUGGCUGUCUUAUUUGGGGGCCUGGUUUUAUCACCAGUAAAAUGGGAAUGGGGAAAGGAGAACAAACAACUUCCUGGUUGAAAGGCAAAUAAGCCUUCACUAUUCCACUCCCCGAAUUUACUGAGGAAGAAGCUAAAGUCCCAGAGAGCUUCUGA